CUCGUACUCUAUGAUUACUUGCUGACGGUGUCUGACGAAAUACAAUACGUCUGGAUGAACAAAACCUCGACGGCUACUGUUAUUUAUUAUCUCAAUCGCUAUAUUAUCAUCUUCAUGGCCUUAGUCGAUGCUGUAGGGCUAGCUGACACAGCUUAUGCAUGGAGCUGCGAGAACAUCGAGCUACUGUAUGCCACAUUGGAAAUCAUGUGGUAUGGCGUAUGGGCCGCAUUCUCCUGUUUGCGGGUUUACGCUAUCUCUGGUCGCGAUUGGCGACUUGCCGCCUGCGCAUUAGCCUUCGGCUUAGUGCCGUGUGGAACAAAUCUUGUAUGUGAUGCC